UCCCCUGUGGAGCGGUGUAUCGUAGACGGUCUGGUGUACAGUAUCCUCACACUGUGUACUAACCAGAGAGACGCAGCGGUUGCCAAAGCGCUGAGUGCACAACAUACAGGAACUGCGACGUCAGAGAGAAAGAGAGAGGAGAGGGAGGAGGUGGAGGAGAGGGAGCGAGUUUGCAGCCAAACCAAAGUGCGCUAUCAGCUGCUGAAGGCUGGACAGACGGGCAGUGUGGGGACACAGAUAGAGGAGAGAGAGAGAGGGUGGGGAGGGGGGCGAGCCGGAGGACGGAGACUCCCUAGUCGUUGUCAUCGGUGACGGUACAGAUGGGUGCGACUCCCCUCAGCUGAGCCGGCCACCGAUCCAGCAGUAACAGCGGUCAUCCAAUGCUGCCAGAAUCCAGCUGACCACAGUUGGAUAGCCUACAUCCUGCUAAUGACACUCGGCUAUCACAGCUGGCAUCAUGCUCCCCCGUAACAUGCGAACAGGUGGUUGUGACCUGCCGGGGGUGGAGUCAAGCAAUGUGCCUCUCAUUGGCUACCGGCCCUUGUCACCUGACAGCGGCACCCCGAGCCACCAAUCAGGGAGGAGGAGCAGCAGCGGUGAACUUGAAACUUCACAGGUAGAGCCCUCACCGAUGAAGACUACCUGGUACUGUCCUCUGGAUCUGUCCACUGUGGUGGAGGAGGAAGAGGAUGGGGUGAUCUACACAGUGGUGGUCAAACAACAUCAUGUCGCCCCCAGCAGUCCGUUGUCCUCGGCUUCUCGUUCACAGUGUGUGAAAGCAGGAACAGAAGAGAAGCUUGUGCUCCACCUCCUCCACUCCUUCUCCAUGGGAGAUUCUUCCUUCAUCACCAUCUUCCUCUCUACCUAUCGAUCCUUCACCUCCACAGGAAGAGUGCUGGACAUCCUCACUGACAGAUUGGAGCACCCACCAGGAGACAGCGAGAGGAGCCAGACGAGACAAUCUUUCAACAAAGCAGUGUGUACGGUGUUCAGCACAUGGCUUUCGGAGUACCCUGAAGACUUCGAGAGUUUGGGGGAGCCCUCGCGCCUGCUGCGACUGGCUCCCCUCCUCCCCCAGGAUUCCUCCUCUGCAGCUGACCUCCGUGCUCGUCUCCUCAGGAUAGCUGAGGAGCUGAGUGAGAAAGCCUUGCUCCCUAACACCUCUAAAGAUCAGACUGGUUUCACUAGCCCUCCUGAUGCAGCAAAGUUUGAAGCCACCAGCGUCCUGGGAUUCCCCGCAGCGAUUAUCGCUGAGCAGCUCACCAAGAUAGAGACGGAGCUGUUUGUUCGUCUGGUCCCGUACCACUGCCUUGGCUCGUUGUGGUCUCAGAGGGAUAAAAAAGGGAGAGAGGGCGUUUGUUGGUCGGUCCGGGCCACUGUACGUCAGUUCAACAAGUUGGCCAAUGCGGUUCUAGCAUCUUGCCUUUGGCCCACAAAACUGCGCAGCCAGCAGAGAGCUCGACUGCUGGAGAAAUGGAUCAGUGUGGCAGAGGAGUGCAGAGCCAGGAAGAACUUCUCCUCGCUGUACGCCAUUGUGUCUGCCCUGCAGAGUAACCCCAUCCACCGGCUGAGGAAGACCUGGCAGGACACUGACAGGGAGGCGAUCAGGAGAUACGAGGAACUGUCAGAGAUAUUCUCAGAGAAGGACAACUACUCGCAGAGCAGAGAACUCUUGAAGGAGGAGGGGACGUCAAAGUUUGCCAACCUUGACAACAGGCUCAACCACAGACUUCCUAAUAGGUCCAACGCCCAGGGCACCGUGCCCUACCUCGGCAUCUUCCUCACAGACCUCACCAUGCUGGACACGGCGGUCAAAGACAGGCUGGAUAACGGCUACAUCAACUUUGACAAAAGGAGAAGGGAAUUUGAGGUUUUAGCUCAAAUCCGGCUCCUGCAGUCUUCCUGCAAAAACUGUGUUUUCACUGCUGAUGAGAGCUUCACACAGUGGUAUCACAGUGUACCUACACUAACAGAGGAGGAAAGUUAUAGAUUGUCCAAUGAAAUAGAAGCACCUGGUGAACCAAGCCCCCGUGGCCUUGCCCCAACAGUCAUCAUUACACAGUGCGGAGACCUGAGUACCUCCCGGACCAGCCUGGCUGGUGACAGUGACAGCCUGUUUGACUUCCCCUCCCCUGUCAAUAACCUGCUCUCAAAACUCACAAAGCAUAUGAGAUCUCCGUCUGUGUCCUGUUUGGAUGUUGACACAUCUCCUCCACCCAACGACUCCACCCCUGCCACGUUGACUCCAUCCACUCCAACAAAAUCACAUCGCCGAUCGGCCUCCUGCGGCAACAACCCCCCCAGUAACACCAAGGGUUCGGGGCCGGACAUGCGAAUCAUCAGGAUACGGAUGGACCUGCAAGAUGGAAACCUAUACCGAAGCAUACUGGUUACGAGCAAUGAUAAGACCCCCACUGUGAUCAGCUCUGCCUUAGAAAAGCACAAUCAGGACCCCAAACAGGCAUCCAGAUAUGAGCUGAUCCAACUUCUGCCUGAAGGAAAAGAACUGGUCAUCCCUGCUACAGGAAACGUCUUCUACGCCAUGACAUCAUCUAGUGUUGACUUCCUGUUGAGAAGGAAAGGUGGGAACCCUCCUCUUGGCUCACAGCCAAUCAGCACAGAGACAAGCGCCACUUUCCCGCGAAUCAAGGCCAAGGGGAGGAGACUGGUCAGGACUCUAUUUUGACAUCAGAUUUUUCCUCGGCGCAGCUUUGUCCACAGUGAUGGAUAUUUAGACCUGACAUUAUUGCAGUGUGAGCUCUCACAAACUGUAAAUGUGGCCUUCUCUGCGCAAAACAAAAAAUCUACACAUGCCUUUCUCCCAUUCUCCCACCAACCCUGUUCUACCAAAACACCAAGACCAAGUCUCUUUAAUGUACAACUGCAUAUAGCAGAGUUUGUCGGACAUUUCAGACCUCCUGCUGCCCUGCAGUGCACACCAGAGCCGCCUGCUGCUGAAGAACAGUAUCAGUUUUCCUCUUUUUCCAAACAGUAUGCAUUACUAAUUUACACCUGGAGGAAGAGCAAAGGAAGCCUUUAAGUGAGUGCUUUUGGUGCUGGCUCUUGAGUCCCAGUCAGGUAGCACUUGAUGCAUUUUUUUCAUUCCAACUCAAUGAAUAAGAUCUGUUUUAAUUGCUAACAGCCAAUGGGGAAAUCCAAUGUUGUUGUAUGUCUCAGUCGUGAGUAACGUUUCCAAAUGUAAAAAGAUGUAAAAAGAUGUUUAAUUGGAAAGAACUUGCUUUUGUGAUCACCCAAGAUGAAGGAUUUAGGGCUGUGUUUUUUGGGGAGAAGCUUAAUGAAAUCUAAUCUAAUCUGAUCUGGUUCUUGUCAACAGCACACACCUGGAAGACACAAAGAAAGUGCAUCAUUGUAGCAAAACACUGGAACCUGUCAAAUGAGACAUAUAUAUGUUUUGUAUAUAUUUAUAUAUUUUGUACGUCUGUAUGAUGUCAAGAUUGUGUUUACACUGGUAAGGAGCUCUAGGAUCCAUGUGUCUGAAUUGUCAAGUAACUAAUUCAUUAAGGAAAAAUGCAUCAAAUACCUGCAAGAUUUUCACUUUAAACAGGCCAGCACCUGCCUACAGUGGGAAUGAUUAUUUCAGCUUCGACUCAAGCAGAUACUCAUUUCAGCAUAAACUUAAAGUUGCAUAAACUUAAGUUUUUAUAUUGCAUUUAAUUUAGUAACUCUUCAUAAUGUGAAAGGGGUUACUCGUAAGGACAAACCCUCUGAGAAUUAUCAACUCUGCAGCUCUACUGAGCUUUUAAGCUCAUUGUUUUGGUUUUACAGCCCAAAAAUAUACUUUUGUUAGUUUUCAAGCUGUUGCCAACCCUGUUUCCAGCAGCAGCUGUUUUUUUCUGCAAAAAAGUUCUGAUAAAACUGCUGUAUACUUUUCCAGCAACAACCAGCAGACACACAGUUAGUGCACAGUUGGUGAGAGAGCCAGAUAUUUUCAUUACGAGUUGCUAGAUACCAAACUAGAACUUAAGGGAGAGUGACAUGUACUUAUUUUAUCAGAUGGACAGAAAUCCAACUCUAGAUAAAUCCUCUUCCUGUUCACUAACAAGCCAAAACAAAGGCGAUAAAAAAUGUUGAUUUCUUCUGCCCCCUAGUGGCCGAAAAUUGAUUUUUGCAGCUUUAAAAGCAACUUGGAGCACACUUAAAACUUGUGGCUUUGCAUAGUUUUAUUAGUACCAAAGCCCUGUAAAACAGUAAGGAAAAUCCCCCAAAAUAUGCCAUCAUUAUUGGUUUUAAGGUUUUCCAAGUCUCAAGUCAACUUUUCAACAGAGCAUAAGCUAAACUUGAUGUAUGCAGAUUUUCCAGCAGUUCAGCAGGAUACAUCUUCACUGCUGUUUACAUACAAUGCAAAGCCUCAGUUCCAACUUCAUGUUUUAAAUUAACAUGAUAACUUCGGUGUAACUUUAAAACACACAACCUCUUUGAAAUAAGUCUCAACUUUGACAAAGUCUUGUGACCUCUGGUUGUACUGUACCUGCUCAUCGCUGGUGAGGCCUCCUUACUGGCUGAGGCAUGAGCACGACAGGACCAGGGAGAGGAUUCUGGGUAAUAAUAGAUGACGUGUGCUAGCAUUAUGCUAUGCUACUGAUUGUUUUAGUGCCUUUCUCUACAGGGUGCUUACCUUUUCCAUGUUUGCAUUAGAAUGUAUACAUUAUACAAACACGCAUGGGUGUAUGCGUGGAGAAAAUGCAGUCACCCACAGCGCUGUGUAGUCUCACAUCAAAGCUAUUUAUGCACUACAUACAGGAUGUCCUAUUUUUGUGGUAAUAAAUUUACUUUUAUAUGAAUUCCAUUGUUUUUGACUGAUGUGCUGUAACAUAUUCCACGUUCAAUACAGACAUAUAUUGUCCAUACUGCUGAGUAUCCUCUGAAAAUAACUCAAGCAAACAAAGCAAGGGGAAUAUAUGUCAAUACAGUUUAUUCAGAUUCAAGAUAGCCAGCAUCUUUAUCUUCAAGCAAAAUCAUAGCAUAAAAGCUGCCAAUAUAAGAAUGAAUGUAUGCAUGUAUGUGGAAAUGUGACAUUCUAACAUCUGAGGCACAUAACAAAAAAAAAAAAAAAAAAUCAUUCUGGAUUUGUCAGAAAAGCACAUUUGAGAUGCAGACACUCAGUUAAUAACACAAACACUCAUGAAACACAAAGUAUUAAAAGCAUUCCUCAUACCUGAAUGUUGUCAGCGUCUGUAAUUUAAUAUUGUCGGUGAAAUGUGUGUUUGUCAGUGUGUUUGUGUGCAUUGAUUGUUACAUAGUGCAAUUAUUCCCAUUUUGUUCGUACAUUUACAAUUCCAUAAAACUCAUUGUCAUACA